UUUGACUUAGUUUUUAUUCUUAAUGUUACAUUAGAAUGUGUCGUAAGUUGUAUUAUGUGGCGCCUAUGCUUUUUAUCUCAUAUUUCAACGAUUUCUACAUCAUUUGCGACUCAUCAAUAAACAGCAUUUAUAAAAAAUUAAAAGACAAGCCUGUGUUAAGAAUUAACAUGAAUUUCUGACCUUUAACCUACGAUAAAUACGAUCAUGUGAAAAUUAAACUAAUUGUUUCUCAGUUUAAACACACACAAUGAUUUUCCAAACCGUCGUUUUCAUAAUUUGUGUAUUAUCUUCGGUAAAAUCCUGCAGUGACAUCACUUUUAACAGUGUAAAUGUGACCUUAAGAGGUGCCAAAGACAUUAAAGAGAUAACGGGAUGUUUCGAACCUACAGAGGAUUUGGUAAAAGUUUCUUAUAUCCAGAUAAUCAAUCAACAAAUACCUGUGUUAAAAAAAGACGCUAUAAACAGCUUACCGAAACUAGUUGACGUUAUAUUAGAAGAAAACAACAUUACAGACAUCGAACCGGGAGCUUUUCGGAAUCUUACGAUGUUGUAUCUACUCAAAAUCAAGAACAAUAUCAUCAGAGUUAUUAGAGAAGGCGUAUUUUCAGAUUUACCUCUAUCAGAAUUACAUUUGAUGAAUAACAGCAUAGAAAUCAUUCACCCUAACGCAUUCGAUAACAUGCCGAAAUUACUGUUACUUUAUUUAAACGAAAAUAAGAUUACAACUUUAUCUAAUAAUUGGUUUAAAUCCAGUCCUCAAGUAACCACGAUCAAUUUGGAAAGAAACUACAUUUCCGUCAUUCCCAACAAGAUACUACAGAAUAUACACGGUGAGCACGUUAUAAGAAACGCUACAGUAUUAACUCAUAUUCUUUUAAACGAUAAUACUAUACAUAAAAUUGAAGAUGGCGCUUUUUCCGGUCCGGAUACACUCGGCUGGUUGUUUUUACACCGCAACGAAAUCGGCGAGAUAAGUGAAAAUAGUUUGGGGUCCUUAAAAAACAUCGAAUGGGUGAGAUUGGAUCACAACAAACUCAAGUGCGUACCAGAUAAACUCGUGGAAAUAUCACCGAACAUAGUUUAUUAUCUGCAAUCGAAUCCUUUAUCUGAAAUGUGUAUAAACAAGUUAAAUAUAACCGCUGUUUAAUAAUUUAUAAUUGGAGAUAUAUUUUGAUUAAUAAUAUUUGAAUUGACAUCGAUACCUUCAAACUAAAAAUAGCUUAAUGUUAUAGAACAUGUUAUUUUGUUUUAUAAAUAAACCGGAUGUGACAUCUAGUGUUAUCAGUGUUUUACGUCCUAUUCGACUACAUAAUUUUUUUCCAAUUAGACCAUAUUGUAAUGAACGUGCAUUAUUUCUUUUUAUUUUCAUGUCUCAUUCAUUUUUUGUAACAUAACAUUUUUAUCAAUAAUGUUUAUCACUUGCAAAUUAGAUUCCGAUAUAAAUAUGUAAAUACCUUAUACAUAAAUAAGUUGAUAUUUGAAAAAAUAUAUAUACCUAAUAACAAUUUAACUAAGACAAUAUAAUUACGAGUAUGGGAGAAUUUGAUUUCAUCGUCGUCCUUUUUUCUUUACACAUACCACCUGUUUUAUAGACGGUUCACGUACAUUACCCAAGAUCAAAUUAAUUUUGUAUUUUUCAAUUAGAAGUCUAGAUGAAUCUAUUAGCAUAAAUAUAUUGACAACUGACACGAAAAUAAUUAAUUUUAUGUUGGUAGUGCAUUAGUGACUCGAUUGUUGAUUAGUAUUGCAGUGACUGUGUGUAUUAGUAUUAAUUUCGAUAUUUAUACAGUUAUAGUGAUAUUUUUAUGGUGAAAAUUUGUGAAUUACUUUUACUAAAUGUUGUGUUUUACAGUGCAAGUACAUUGAUGUUUAAUGUAAUACAUUAAUUCUUAUAACCUAAUAAAGGUAGAGAUUUUAUGAGAUGGCCACUGCGUAAAACAAUGGACCAUUCCAAAAUGGUGUCAUUGAUAGUUCGGCCAUAUUUACUGAGUGGCACGCAAUCUCAUUCGAAUACUUGUUGCAUGUGUAAACAUUGGCGAAUUUUUUAUUUGUAAAUACUCAAUUUCUGGUAAAUUUCAAAAAUGCCUCAUUAUUUUUGUGUUGUGAAUUGUUCGUCGCGUGUUGAGCUUCUAAAUAGUUAUGAGGUGAAAAUUAAUUUUGACAUACAGAUUGAACAACAAAAGGUUUAUUGGAAUAUUAUCUUUAAAUAAUAUAUAAAUCCCCGUCAAUAAAAAUCAAUUAAGGAAUAAUUUUAAGGCACUAGAGCAUUCUAAGACUGUUUUUUUGUUCAUAUUCGGCACAAAAUAUGCUGACAAUUGCACUAGAUCUUUCUAAGAUUGAUUUUAUAAGUUGAUAUAUGACACAAAAUAUGUACUAGAGUCUUGUAAAACUGUUUUUUGCUGGGUUUUCAUACUAAAUAUGCUUCCAAUUGUAAUAGAGCUUUCUGAGACUGUUUUUUGUUGAUAUUUGACACAAAAUAAAGACUAGAGUCUUGUAAAA